UGUUUUAGCCAUUGAAAUGUUGGUUUUCUUGUUUGGAGUGUUUGAUUUUGUAUUGUUUUGGAUUGGAUUGAUUAUCUGAUUGUCUCUUUGAAUUUGAAAUGAUAAAUCUUGAAGUUAUGUUGUGAGUGGUGCAGUGUGUUAUUUAUUGUAGACAGAUUGACUUCAAUUGCCUAUUUCUUUCUUGUCUUUGUUCAAGUCAGCUGAAUUUUGUCUCUUUUUUGUGGAAUUUUCAAGUUGGACAUGGAGCCAAUGCCAGACCUUGAAUUAAAUCCUUCUACUGUCAAAGAAAUUAUCUUAUGCCAGAACUUGAAUUAUUUUCACUUUAUUUUUGCUAGACAGGCAAGGACACCCUGGAAUUAAUUAUUGAUCGAUUUGGGGUUUUAAAUCCGGAAAAGUUGGACGUAGAUAGUAUUGCUUUAGAUCACCUUCAGUUCAUAGGUGGCCUCUUGGUUUAACAAUAAAGUUAAGCCUACAGCUAUCCAAAGAAACUCUCUUAACUGCAGUAGCGCUUUUCUUCAUUUCCAUCAAUUCAACUUCUUUGGUUUAAUUCAAAAGGGCCUUACUGUACUGGUUUCAAAUUGACUUCAAUUCCUUCUUCCUUUGCUGCAACUGCUAUCUUGACUGUUCUCAGCUGCGAAGUCGUAAUUGUCAGUAGCCCAUCUUAAAGCCCUAAGGUUUAAGGCAUCUGUCUGCUGACCACUUUAAUGUGCUGGUAUACCUUUUUGAGGUACAAUGACUUUAAGAACUUGCAGUCCUGUUAAGUUGAUAGGUCUCCGGUGCCUAAAAUUUGAUUUUUGAGCCCUUUUUUGGUUAAUUUGUGCUCACUUUCAAUGAUUUAUUCACACCUCAUCACCCUUCAAAUUUGCUUUGUUCCAUUCAGAUUCAUUUUUGGCUUUAGUUUGUUUUUAACUUUUGGGAACAAACAAUGGUAUUCUACAGUUAUAGUCUAUUGGGAUAAAAUAUGCAUUCAGCAAGGAGAAGCUAGCACUGUUAUGUAUGAGCCUUGCGAUUUAUCCAUGAAAAGUUACUGCUUAGUUUCUAUCCAUUUGCAAGAGGGAGGGAAUUUAUCAUUCUGGGUUCAGGGAGAGCUGGAGCUGAUAGAAAAGAUGGAUAAGGCAUCAGCUGCAUGCAAAGAGAUGCUGAGUAUUGUGGAAAGUAGACCUGAUCCACUACUCCCCAUAACAAAUGGCCCUCUAAAUCCCUUAUGGGAUCAAUGGUUUGAAGGCCCCCAGGAAGCUCAAGGUUGCAAAUGUUGGAUACUGUGACAUUGUUGCUGAUUUG